AGAAGGCAAGGCUACGAUCAACCAAUCAAAAUUCACCGUUGCGCGUCCGAAUAUAGCGGCCGAUAUGACAUCGAAAAUAUGGCAACCUUUCGUGUUUACCAAAUUCAAAACUAAUAAAAUAUUUCAUCACAAUAGUUAGAAAAUCGUGGAUCAAAUGCUGUUGAAUUACAAAUAGAAUUCUUUCGUUGAUUUGACUGACAAAACAUGGCAGAAAACGGUCGCAGCAAAUCGCGACAAGGGGCAGUUUCUUCGUCGUCUGCAAGGUACGGCCAAAUUAGCAGUGUCCCACAGGCUCAGCGGAGUGACACUGGAUCGAGACGCCAAGGCAUCGGGGAAGACAACACUUCAUUGUCCCGGCUAUCAACCGACAGUAUGUUGAGAAUGCAGUCUGGUUCAAGAAAUUCUGUUAGAAGCUUGAGUAUGGCUAAUGAAAGCAUGCAAAGCUUGUUGUCUGACAUAAAAGAUGUCUAUACAGAGCGACUAAGGAAGUUAGAAGUAUCAGCAGAUCCGGGCCAGGAUACAAACCGGAAAAAGGUUCGCAUACUGCAGUCUUAUGUGAGUGAUCUUUCAGAGCAGAAUGAUAUCUUGGUGAAGACUGUAGAAGAACUGGAAAAAGAGGCUAAUGACAGAGUCAUCAUUUUAGAAACAAGACUACUUCAAAAUCAAAAGGAAACGGCAUCAAGGCAGAGAAGCAUGGAGCAUGAAGUUAAAGCCCUUACCUUGGAGAAAUCAUCAGCUUGCCAAACGCUGGAUGAUCUCCAUCAUCGAUAUGACCGUGUAUCAGAAGAUGCAGCUGGUUUGAGAGAUGAAAACAAUGACCUUCGACAUGACCUCAACAUUCUUAUUGGGGUCAUCACCCAGGCUAGAGCAACAGGAAAAUGGGAGUUUUCAUCUCUUGACUUGAGAGUAAUUCAAGAGGAUCAAGUCCUAGGUCCUGCAUCUCUAAGGGAAAGCAUCAAGUCUUCUGAGCAGAUUCUACAAGGUCACAUUGGAGACUUGAAGGCUCAACUUGCUAAACGUGAUGUCAUGAUCAGUGAACUCCAAGAACAACUUAAGGACAUGAGGGAGGAACAAAAGUCUGCCACUGAUGAGCUUGCAAGACGAGAUGUAGUGCUUGGAUCCGCACAGACCAGUCUAGCUACCAUGCAUGACCGUGAACAACAAAGAAUGGUCAGUGAGACGGAUAAAGAUAUUACUAUUAUGAAGCUAAAGACGGAGCUUCGGCAGUCUGAACAAAGCCUAGCUGAUGAAAAAGAAACGAGAAAAGACCAUGAGAAGUCUAAUGAACAGCUUCAGGCAACCAUCCAUGAGCUAGAGAGAGAAAUGAGCAUUCUAGAAUCCGAGAAAUCCAAUCACGCUCAGACUAUCACAUUGUUGAAUACAAAACAAAGGGAAUCCAAUAUGGAGCUAGAACAAGUUAGAAGGGAACUGGAUCAAAAGCAGUAUGCCACACAAGACAAUCAUCAGAUAUUGAAGGCUGAGGUUAUUAGGAGAGAUGAUACGAUUCAGAAACUACGCUCUGAUGUGCUCAAGCUUCAAGAAAGAUAUGAAAAUUCUAUUGCUGAGACUGAACGGCAAGAGAGGAAAGUGAGGCGAUUGGAAGAUCAGUUACAGCUGAAAACGGAAGAGUUGAAGCAGAGAGACAGCAAGAUAGAUCUCCUGACAACAGACCUUACCUCUAGCAGACAAGAGAUCACGCAGCUUGGUAUGUCUAUCAAGGAUCUAGAGAAUGAACUUCAGCUCAGUCGACAGAAGUAUACCAAUCUUGCAGCAGAGACGGAGAACCUGAAGACAGCCUUAGAAAUGUCAAGAACGUCUUCUAAGGAUGCCAAGGAUGCACUCUCUGCUGAGGUUGCUGAAAGACACGAUGCUAUUCUCAAACUGAAGAGUGACCUAGGGGAGUUGGAGGUCACGCACAGAGAUAGCAUGAUCCAAAUGCAGCAUAGGGGAGAGGUCAUCACACAGCUGAGGGACGAGGUGGAGCGAUUAAAGUCACUGUUUGAAGAAAGUCGUCAUAAAGUGAAGAGAGCAAAUGAGAAAAUCAAAACUCUUGAACAGCAGAGAAACUCUCUUCAAGAAAUGGUGAACAGGCUGAAUGAAGAACGUGAUACAGAGCAUAAUGAGAUAAUACGCAGUCAAGCAGACCUUUCUGAAAAUCAACAGCGUUUUCAAGGAUUACAGAUUGAACUAGGCACACUCAGAGAUAGACUAUCAGAGAGCCAGUCUCAGGUCUCCAACAGAGAAGAGACUAUUGACCGAUUGCAGAAGCAGCACAGGGAUGCUUCGGAUACGAUGACAAAGAAAGAAGCAGCGCUGCAGAAACUUGAGGUCCAACUCUUGGCUGCAAGAGAAGAGAAAAGGAGAUCACAAGAAGAGCUUACAAGGAAGGAGUCCUCUUUUUCUCAGCUCGAAUCGGACUUGAAUACAACCAGACAGCAAUACAAGGACGCAGUGGAAGAGAAUGGUAGAUUAGCUGCUCGUAUCCAAGCAAUGCAUAUCACGUCACAGAGCGAACAUGAUGUUCUUUCUAAUGAGGUGUCUAAGAAAGAUGAAGAAAUCCAAAGAUCCAAGGCUGAACAAGCUGCUCUUCAUGAACAGCUUCAUAAGACUGAAGAGAGACUAUCAUCACAGGAGUUAUCCCUGGAACAGAUGAGGCACAAACUACAGAGCAGUUCAUCAGAAUUAAAGAUGAAAGAUGAUACCAUUGAGAGUCUAGAGAGGGAACUUUAUGAUGCCAAGUCAAUGCAUAGCACAGUCAGAGAGGAGGUUGAAAGAUUGGAGAACACCUUACAUGAGAUCAACUGUGAUUACCAAUCACUUCAGAACAAAGAAGAAUCUCUCUCACAAACUAUAAGACUGAAGGAUGACCUGAUUUCCGAACUGAAGAAUGAUACAGAGACCAUGCAUCAACAGCACCGGGAUCUAUUAUCAAAGAUGUCUGAACGAGAUAAUGCCAUCCAAAGACUGAGUGCAGAUAAUACCAAAUUUAAAUCCAAGCAUCAGAGUAAAGCAUCUGAGAUCCAGCGUCAAUCUGAGAUGAUGAAGAAGCUUGAAGAUUCACUGACCAAGUCACAGUUAGACAUGGAGAAUCUGAGAAGAAAACAUCAAGAGGAAGCAACAAGACAAGAGGAAGAGAUAGCUCACCUUCAACGAGAACUCACAGAAGCUCAGCAACAGUAUGCAUCAUGCUGUGAAGAGUUAAUGAAAGCUGAAAACCAACUAGAACUUGCCAAGUCUGAUGCCGCCCGUCUGGGCAUGCAAGCAAGACACGAUGCUGAUGAGCUCUUGAAGCUGGCCGAGAGAGUUCAACGACAGGAGCUGGAUCUCUCUGUCACCCUGGAGAAACACCGGACCUGUCAAGCAGAGCUGGCCUCCAGAGAUCAGAGUCUCCUGAGGCUCCAGGCGGAGCUGGAUACGGUUCAGCAGCAGUAUCAAGGCAGCGAAGAGGAGACAAAAUCAUUGCAAGAGGAACUCCAUCAGCAGCAAGCAAGUUUUAAGAAUCUUCAGAAUGAUUGUCAUAAUCUCAAGGACCAGAUAGAAGAGAAAGACAGGAAGUUGACAUCAGACAACAAGCAUAUUGUCCAACUUGAAGAAGAGAGAGAUCUAGGAAGAAAAGAUAACUUUUCACAUCAAGCCAAGAUCCAGAAACUAGAGACGUCUCUGAAGGUUCAGCAACAGCAGUACGAGGAAGAGAUCCAUAGCUCUAACCAGGAGCUGGGACGUCUGCGGAGGGAGCUUGAAGAGUCUGAAGGGAAAGCUGGAGAGGGCGACAGACUAGUAAUCCAGUAUAAACAGACUGUAGAAGGGCUCAAAGAAGAUCUGGCCAGGACUCAACAGCUUCAUAAGUCAGCCAUGGAUCAGGUUGCCCAGUGUAAUCGCUCAGCAGAGAAACAGGAAGAGAUCCUGGCCAACGUCAGACAGGAGCUAGCUGGGCUCCAGGAUCAGCUCCAGCAGACGGAAUACUCCAGGCAGGAUCUCCAGGCGGAGCUCACUAACUACAAGGAAAGGCACUCCAGUCUGGUAGCUCAGCUUCAGAAGGUGGAGAACAGUUCAGCCUUAGCCUCACAGAAGAUGGAGCAACAGAUUAGUGAACUCAGUUACAAGUUGAAAGAGCGAGAGGAAGGUAGCGAGAAACUGAAGAAGGACAUCUCAAACUUGGAGCAGCAGCUGAGAGAGACACAGACUGAGAAACACAACAGUGAGAUGGUGAUUGAUUCAUUGACUGAAGAAUUGAAGAGAGUCCAGGCUGAUUUCAGGAGCACCAAGGAGAAACUAGGACUGACUGAAGACGGGCUGCAGAGCAUCAAGGCUAGACUCAAUGAAAAGCAGCAAGAGUUGAAGAGAUAUGAAGAGCAUAUGAAGAGAGUAGAAGGUGAAUUCCAAACAUACCAGGAUACUCAUAGACACCCUGUACAACAGGUGUUAGAGAUUGAUGAGAAUUCCAAGCACCUUGAGCGUAAGCUCCACCAGUCUGAGGAUCGCAUCAGUUCUAAAGAAGAUGAGGUGAAUGAACUCCAGGCCAAGCUGGACGAUCUUGGAUCAGAACUGGGAGUAGUCAAGGAUCAGAGGAAUGGAUUAGAGAAGGAAUAUGAGAAUCUACAACAGAAUCUCAGACAGGCUCAGACGUCUCUCGUAGAUGCUACUCAGAAACAUCAACAAGAUGAGUCCAAACUGGAGGAGUUCUCCCACAAGCUGGAGAUGGAGCUGAAGGAGGCCAAGAAAUCCAUCAAGAUGCUCCAGGAGGAUCUUAGGAGAAAGAAGGAGACGGUCAAGAAGAUGGAGAAUGAGCUUUCUUCCAACAGGGAGACUGUUAAGAGAAGAAAUCAGGAGUUGGAUGAACUUCAGAGGAGACUGCGUAAGCUUGGGGAGGAGAUUAAGACAUUAGAAUCCUCUAAUAUGAGACUUGAGAAGGAGAAAGCUCAGUUGAUGGGAGAACAUAAUUCCCUCAAGGAUGAACUAGGAGAUACAAGAGAGAACUACAAGGACUGUGCUCAAGAGUUGGCCCACCAUGAAGAGAAGUUGAUGAUCAUGGAAAGUAGCCUUCAAUCAACUCAGGAGCAGCUUAGUGGACGUGUUACUGAGGUAGUACGGUAUGAACAGCUGACUAGACGUCUUCAAUCAGAGCUCAGAUCGGUUCAGGAUCGGUGCGGUGUUAUGGAGAAUGAAGCUGUAGAACAAAGGACAAUGGCUGAACGAUUGAGGAAAGAAUUAAACCAGGCGAUGGAAGAGAUAGAAGAUAUCCAGAGAGAUCUCAUGAAACAGACCGGAGCCAAUCAACAGUUUGAAUCACAGCUCAUUGAUUCAAAUGAAAACAACAAACGUCUUCAGACAGAGUUGAUCCAGAAGGAGAAUGCAUUGAGGAGCAAACAGGAGGAGCUAGAGGUGGAGCAGCAGCGUUAUGAUGAUGCCUCUAGGCAGCUCCAGGAGACAAGGAUCAACAUGGAUCAGAUGGAGGAGGAGUUGGUGGAGAUGAAGAGGAGACAGAAGGAGAUGGAAACAAUGAUAAAUGAGAAAGAUCAGCGUACUCUGAAUCUCGAGGGUGAGAUCAAUUCCCUUCAGUCCAAGCAUCAUACAUCCAAAGAUCAGCUCGCUAAUCAGGAGAGCCAGCUCAGGGUUUGUCAAGCUAAUCUGGAAAUGGCUGAGAAACAGAACAGACACUAUGCGGGUGAGGUGGCUCGAUAUGAAGAGACAAUCGCUCAGCUGCAGACGGAUAUGGAUCAAGCCAAGGAUCAGAUCCAGACCUACCAAGAAGAGUUGGCACUGAGUCAGGGUCAGUUACAAGAUGUCAGACAUCAGUUGAUGGAUGUGAAAGGUCAGCAUGGGGAAGCUAUGGAUCAGCUUGGUGAGAGGGCUACACUGGCUGCCAAACUACAAUCUGAGCUUUCCAAGGCAGAUCAACAGAAUCAUUCAUUCUCAAAGGAGGUUGAGGUUUAUGAGGAUCGAAUGCGCAAGCUACGUUCUGAGCUUCAAAAGGUUCAAGAGCUAAACAGACAGAGUGAAGAUGAGCUGCACAAGUAUGAGAGCCGCUUCCAAGAAAUGAGCGCCAAACUCACCCAGGCUAAUGAUAAACACAGAGCAAGCCUACAGGAGAUUGCGAUGAGAGAAGAACAGAUUGUUGUGCUGAAGGUGGAGUUGGCCUCAAUGCAGGAGAAGUUUAGACAUCGCAAAGAAGAGAUGGAUAGGAUUCAGCGAGGACUAUCAGAUGCACAGCAUAAAUGUCAAGAAGCUAAGCUUGAAAAUGAACAGCUUAGAACAUCUCUUCAUGAGGCUAGGAAGAAUGGAGAUAGACUUCAUAAGGAGAGUGAACAUGUCGUCUCUAAUGUCAAUACAUGGGUUCAAGAACAAAAACAAGCCAAUGAGAAACUUGGUACGAAGAUCAAGGAACAGAAUCAAACCAUUAGAAACCUGACAAUAGAAAAAGACCGUUUGACGGAGAGCCUGAGCUCAGUACAGGAGAUGGUGAAUCGUCUAAGACUGGAGAAUGAAGAGAUGAAGAUAGCUACAGAGAGAAUGAAAGCAUUACAGAGUCAGUCCUCUCAUCAACAAGUCUUACUGCAGCAACUCAAAGCAAGGCUAGAAGAUAAUGAGACUAGUCAAGAGGAAGAGCUUGGUGAAAAGAUGGCGACUAUUGAAGACCUGCACGGGAGACUGAAAGCUAAUGUAGACUCAAUCCAGCAAUUAAAUCAGCAGCUAAACACACUGAAUAGAGAGAACAUUAGACAGAGAGCUGAGCUUGAGAGGGAGAGGUCUGCCAGGCAACGUCUUGAAAUGAAACUGGAUGGAAGAGAUCAGACAAUAUCUAGUCUACAUGCUCAGAUGGAAUCUUCUAAUUCGUACUACCAAUACCCCCACCACCAUACACCACUCGUCAACGGUACGCCAUCAUCCCGUAAGAUGACCGAGAGUCAUUCAGAAUCAACGGGUCUCUCGGAUUCAGCCUAUGCUUCUACUCUAGAGAGAGGUGGAAGUGGAGUGUAGCUGUCAUGUAAGAUCUGGUCCCAACACUUUGACACAAACCAAAUGUUCUUCGAAGUAUAGUGAGAUUGUACAUAUUUCCAGAAUGUCCAUUCUGUACUGAGCAUUAGGAAUAAUAUCAUUCAUCUAAUUUCUCUGUUCUAUUUCAAUUAUUUUGUUUCUGUUAGAUAUAUGUGAUGGAAUAUUUGCCUAUUAUUGUUUUGAAUAGGGAAUUUAAACCAGUAAUAUACCUCUUAAACUUGCCAUUUUAACGACAUUUGAAUGUGUUGCUUCCAGAGAGAAUAUGAAGGAUUUAUUUGUUUUUAUUAAUCUGAUUGUUGUUGUUUUACAGUUAUGAGGCAUAGAUUUUGAAUGGAUUCUAAAAUUUUGUUUUUAAGAAAUUGUUAAGGUCAGUAACUUGUUUUCCAACUAGAACUGAUAUGCGAGAUAGAUUUAAAAUAACAAAAGGAAGAAUGCUCAGAGAUCGGUUAUUUUAUUACAAUUCAGCUUGUUUUUCAUCAUCAUCAUGAUGUUCUUCAUCAUCAUCAAAAUCAUCAUCUCCAUCAUCAUCAUCAUCCUCAUCAUCAUCAUCAUCAUCAUCAUCAAUAUCAUCAUGAUCAUCACCAUCAUAUUUUUUUGACAUCUCUAGAGGUUAUAACCACCAUCUUCGACACAGUACUUGUCACUGAUUAUUGGUUUAUUUAAUAGGCAACCAUGCUGCUUUUAUAAAGACAGAAUGAAAGUACUAAAAUGAAAUACCUUGACUAUUGUAUAUAAUCUGGAUAUAUGUCAAAGUAACAUUAAUAUAUGUAUAAUUUAAUAAAUCUUGAAUUCUUUUACAUUGUCCAGACUUGACAGAACAUUCCAAAUGGUAGUGGAUUACUAUUCACCGAUCUAACUUCUCAUCAAUUAAAUCUGUAGUCCGUCCAAUCAGCAUUAUUUAAUUGAUAUUGAUUCAGGUGUAAUAUUUAAAUUCUAUAAGUUAUUUGUACAGUAUUUCAUUUUCAAAUCGUAUUGAAUGAUGUAGGUUUAAUUAUUGGCCAGUUUGAUUUUAAAGAAAACAAGAAUGUUUCAUUGGAGAUUCACUUCCUUUGCUUUUAAAAUAAAUAAUAAUACAUUUAUCUCUCAUGAAUAGGAUACAUGUAUGUGUUUUCUCCUGUAUACUUCAAAUAAAUUAUAGUUUUAAUUCUUCAUUAUUUGAAUGAAUUUGGAGCAUUAAGAUAAUUGCCGAUGAAAGUGACUAACGUCUUUUUUUGCCAAAUUUCAUUUCAUUUCACCAGAUUUAAGUUUAAGUGUACAUAGAGAUAAAGGCUGAAAAUAUAUAUUCUAUUGCCUUUAAUAUUUGGAGUAAGCCUGGAGCAAUAAUUAAUUUGAUUUUAGGUGCUACAGACUGUAGGGUGCUCCAGAUGUUCAGGCACAGAAAUUACAUAAUAACUGCUAUGCACCCAGCAAGACUUCCUGUAGAGUAAUAAUCACAUAUAUGUUUUUGAAAUGCUUCCAAAUGAUUGUGUGUAUUAUUACCCUGGUUGGUCCAUUCAGAUAUGGGGAGAAAAAACUACCGGGGGGGAUGGUUUCAAUUCAAUCUACUGGAGUUCAAAUAAAAAUGACCAGGCAACUCAUCAUACACUAGUGUCACACUAGAGUCAAAAUGACCUGCAGUGGAGUCGGAUUGAAAAAUUUAUACUACAUACUUGGAUACUCGAGGGGCAUUCUGAAUGCAUUAUGUGGGCUUUCAAAUAUUAUGGCCAAUUCUUAUGGCUGUCCCGAAUGUUUUUGAGGUGCAUUCAAAGUAGAAAGAAUAUUGAGAAAGAAUAUCAAACAGUGUUCAAAGUACAUUCUUGCUGAAUGCAUUCUAAUUAUUUUUACAACAUUCCAGCAGCAUUUGAAACAUAUGUAACGCAUUACGGGGCCCUGAAUAGCAGGGGGGAAAUGACUAUCUGGUGGUCAAACAACAAUCAUUUCAUUCUGCUCAAUUCUGAAUAAGUGUGAUGGGGCCUAAACAAUGUUAAUCUGAAUAUGUAACUUCAGUCCAAGUGAUCAUUAAAUCUCAUUUGGUUAGUUAAUUGUGAAAUGACAUUUAGCUUUACAGCUGUAUGAAUGACCUCUCCCACUAUUUUUCAUGUCAUUUUCAUAUUUUUAGCACAAAUUUAUAUUUCAGAUUACUCAUGAACUUUAUAAAAAGGAUAGUCAGGUUGCGCCUUGAACUAAUUAUACAACUGUGAUAAGUAUUGUUAAUCAUUGUUAGGUGGUGCUUUUGAUAUGUGAAUGACAUUCCACCAACAUUCCAAUAUGCUCCAUUUUUCAACAGUAUCAGUAUUUCCUCAUCAAUGCCUUAGAUCUGUUGAUACCUUCAUACAUGGAGCAAAAUUAUACAAGUUUGUUGAUUUUUCUUCCAUGUAUGUAUGUAUUAUACAUGGUUCAAAUGUACCCGUCUAUGCUAAUUAUUGAAUUUAGCCUUUUUAUUUGUAAUUCAAUGAAUAUUUGCUGCCUUUAAUCUCUUCCUUUUGUCUUAUACCUGAAAAUAUUGAUUAUUUAAUUGUAUUUUUUUGUAUUAUAAUUCAAGACCCUUGUAUAAAAGAUGAAUUUACAAUUCUGAUGAUUUUUUUAAAGUCUCUUCCACACAUGGCACAUCAAAGCACGGUAACAUUAUCAUCUUCAACGAAUAUGAUUCAUCGGAAAAUGAAGCGAGGCAAAAUACCUUUGUUGUGCAAAUCAAAUUAAGGGGAUGUCCACCGAGAUAUUGAUAUAAUUUCAAUAAAAGUGUUCAGAAUAAAAUGAGAAAAACAGGUUUAUAAAGGUUUGACAAGCUCCAUCAAGAAGAUUUUACUUUUAUAGUUUUGAUUUUGUGUUGUCAAAUGUGAGCAGUUGCCCCUCAUGUCAUAUAAUAAAUCCUUAAAUUCACAUAUUACAGAAAAUAUUUUUCAUAGAAGUAUGAAAUACUAUUUCUGAUGAUACAUUGAAUGCCCAGGUAGACAUACUGAUUUCAUGAAUUCAUUUUACAUGACAUAUGGGGAGCUGCUUGCAUGUGACAUCACAAAAUGCCUACGUAAAAAUGGAGUUUAAUGUGAACCAUUUUUUUACAUCAGGGUAAACGUCUUUAAAAAGUUGGCACAACGUACAUUGUCGAGAGUUGCUUGGACAGACUCAUUACAUCAUAAUUGGAAUCAACUUUGGGUGGUCUUGUUAAAAUACUUGAAUGCAUUAUGUGCAUUUCUCCGUGUUUGAAAACUGUAAAACCAAUGUUGCUGAGAUUAAUUGCAUCAUGUGUGAAUGAGGCAUUAGAAUGUGACCAAUACUGAAAAUGAUUUUGACUAUAUAAAUGUAUCUAGAAAUAUGAAGUGUAUAUUUGUAUUGCCAAUUUGUAUUGUAAAUAUUUUGUGUUAUUUAAGUGAAACUUAUCCUCACUAAUAAAUUUAUGGACAUUUCUUGUACAAUAAAUUACAAAUGAAUACGACUGAAAUCAAA